CCUCCCUACUUGUCAGAGGAGAGAAGUGCGAGCAGGAGCGUCAGCACAGACGGGGAAGCGAAAGAGUUCAAGAGACAGAAAUCAAAACAAAAAAAAAGAAGAAGAAGAAGAAGAGACAUACUUUAUUAAAACAAAAAAAAACCCUCUCUUGUCUUCGCUGUCAUCAGAGCUGGGUUUGUCACACGACUGACUAAAGAAGGGGGAUGAUGAAAAGGUCUGGAUUACGGCGCUGCUGAAUGAGACAUCGACUUUGACAGCUACUGAACGUUGCAGACUCCAGCUCUGAUUGGAAGAUUGUGUCAGAAUGACAGCAGAAGACUCCGCCUCUGCCGUCACCAUGAGUAACUCUAGCCCCUCCUCCAAAUCAAACCCUGCCAACAAUCAUGCGAUCCUACACGGAUCCAUUCCCGACGGUGUUGCUGGAGCCCCUAACGAAGCGGCCCUGUUGGCUUUGAUGGAGCGCACGGGAUACAAGAUGGUUCAGGAGAACGGACAACGUAAAUACGGCCCACCCCCCGGCUGGCAAGGACCGUCCCCUCCACGUGGUUGUGAGAUCUUCGUGGGCAAGAUCCCGCGUGAUGUUUACGAAGACGAAUUGGUGCCGGUGUUUGAGUCAGUGGGCAGGAUCUACGAGAUGCGCCUGAUGAUGGACUUUGAUGGCAAAAACCGUGGCUAUGCCUUUGUCAUGUACACACAGAAACACGAGGCUAAACGCGCUGUGAGGGAGCUAAACAACUACGAGGUGCGCCCUGGACGAUUGUUGGGGGUCUGCUCGAGUGUAGAUAACUGCCGUCUGUUUAUUGGUGGAAUUCCCAAGACCAAGAAGCGAGAGGAGAUCCUGGAGGAAGUGUCCAAAGUGACAGAAGGAGUGCUGGAUGUGAUUGUGUAUGCGAGUGCUGCAGACAAAAUGAAGAAUCGUGGCUUUGCCUUUGUAGAGUAUGAGUCCCAUCGUGCAGCUGCCAUGGCCAGGAGGAAACUCAUGCCUGGGCGCAUUCAGCUCUGGGGUCACCAAAUUGCCGUCGACUGGGCAGAACCAGAAAUUGAUGUCGACGAGGACAUCAUGGAAACGGUAAAGAUCCUGUAUGUGCGCAACUUGAUGAUCGAGACAAGCGAAGAGACCCUCCGCAAGAUUUUCAGCCAGUUCAACCCAGGCUGCGUUGAACGAGUGAAGAAGAUCCGCGACUAUGCCUUUGUGCACUUUACUAGCCGGGACGAUGCGGUGGUAGCUAUGGACCACCUGAACGGUACAGAAAUCGAGGGCUCAUGCAUUGAGGUGACGUUGGCCAAGCCUGUAGACAAGGAGCAGUACACUCGCUACCAGAAAGCAUCCAAGGGAACCGUGACCAGUAGUGAAAGUACUCAGCAAAGUUACGUGUAUCAAUGUGAUCCCUACACCCUUGCCUACUACGGCUAUCCUUACAACACUGUCAUUGGACCCAACCGAGACUACUUCAUCAAAGCAGGUACUGUACGAGGCCGUGGCCGUGCUGGAGCCGCUAACAGGGGCCCAGGGCCCCGUGGCUCGUACCUCGGUGGCUAUUCCGCCGGGCGAGGCAUUUACAGCCGCUACCAUGAAGGAAAGACCAAGGUGCCGGAAAAACCAUAUGAGCUCAUGCCCAGUUUGGAUCUGGCAGCCGUUAAUCCAGUGGGCAUUAAGCCUGGCACAAUGACUCUGCCAGCCCUCGGUGCACAGUACCCUGCUGUGUUCUCUGCUGCACCCGCUGCUACUAAACUGGUGGAGGAAGGAAAAAUUCACCCAAUGGAGCAUUUGAUCAACCCCCUCACCCUCCAGCACGAUCACUCUGCUGCUCCCUCGAAUGCUGCCGUCAUUCCUGCCGUCUCGACACCUCCGCCCUUUCAGGGACGUCCCAUCACUCCUGUCUACGCCGUGGCCCACAAUGUCCAGCGGAUCCCUGCUGCCGCCGCGGCUGCCGGUCUGUACGGUGCGAGCUACGUGCCCAUCGCUGCUCACGCCAACACAGCCACCCUGGCGGCGCUGCAGAAGAACGCAGCCGUGGCAGCUGCUGCGUACGGAGGUUAUGCUGGCUACAUGCCCCAAACUUUCCCCGCUGCCACCUUCCAAGUGCCUAUCCACGACGUGUACCAGACCUACUGAGACGCUCCAUGCCUUUUACUUUUACGAGACACAGUGCAACAUCUAUGAAGGCUAUUGACUGAUCUGAGAAUAAAUGACUUAUUAUGUAAUAUUUAAUCUACUGACCAAACCCCCCCUCAAAAAAACAUUAAGUGCAUAUCUAUGAAACGCUAAUAAUGCCUCAUAAAGCUCUAAUAAUGUUCUAUGAAUAAUUUCCUGACAACUUGAUAACCCUAAUAAACAGAUUUUUUUUCAUUAUUAAAACAUUACUAAGGUAAGAUAUCCUCAGUGGCUGCGUCCCAAAUGACAUACUACACACAUGCACUUACGCUAUGCACUAUGUGCUCUACACUGUAGUGUAUGUAUGUUAGUAAGGCUGUAACGUCUCAAAUGGAACUGGAAGUAUAGGCCUUUUCUCAGUCGAUGGCAAAUAACACAUCAUACAACGCCGCUUGAGUAGCUUUAGAAUAUUACUGUAAGACCUUUGUAAGACGUCUCAUCCACCGGAGUGUCAUCGGCCAUCUUGAAAUGUAUUUUCAUUUCUCAUCCAGCAUCAGUGCCUGGUAGCCCUGCUUCUUUUUUAUUCUACAUUUCCGUUGAAUACGUUGCAUCAUCUAGGUUCCCGAAGUGCACUUCUUCUUUUUUUCCUUCUUGGAAUUUUCAGUGUGAACACACUACUCACGCUAUUUAUGGCACGGAAUAGUGCAUAAGUAUGUGAUUUGGGACGCGUCUACUUAGCGUUUCAGCUAAAGUCAUUCUUCCAUGAUGUAGCAGAUGAUUUUAUUUUUGCAUUGGAACAGCAAAUUACUUCUAUAUUAAAUAUCAGAACAGAUCCAGAGACAAAUACAUUUCCAAAUGCUGAUAUUUGCAAUUUCUGGGUUCUUCCUUGAACCUUACAAAAACAUUGCAGUAGGUGGAUUGGCUAAGGUAAAUUGCCCUUAGGUAUUUGAGUGGUUAAUUUGUGUGUGUGUGUGUGUGUGUGUGUUUUGAUAGACUCCGGAUCUGCCGCGGCCAAUGCGGUUACUGAAGAUUCACGUUAUUAGAGCGUUACGAUGCAUUGUUGGCGUUUUUUACUGUACAAAACAAACUUUGUGGAAAAGUGUUCCCAGAUCCGUCUCCCAUUGGACUGUUGUGUAUUUAAAGACUAGUAAAGAUCGUGUAUCUCAGAUGCAUGAGAUCUUGAGAUCUUCCAGACCUGCUGACGUCGAUUAGGAAAUGCACCGACCCUGACUCACUUCACACUGACUGUAGAACUACUGAACUUAAUCUUUUACACACUCAGUCAAGUACAAGACGCCUGAUUCUGAAUCUCCAUGGACCAGCAACUAACUGACAUGGAAAGCACCAGUUGUGGCCUGCUGAUAUCAGUGUGUUUGUGUGUGUGUGUGUGUGCUACUUGUUUUCCGAAAGGAAACCUCAAUCCUUAUUUCAUGUCUACUGAUGCAGUCUCAUCUCAAGCUCAAUGUCCUGCCUACUUGGACUAGAGUCACCUGUCAAUCAGAGAUGCAAAGGGUUUGACAAAAAUGUCCAUCUCUUUUUUUUUUUCUUUCUUUCUUUUUCUCCAGACUAAGUGCCUUAAGUGCUAAUGCAUCACAUUAUAAGACAUGACUCUGAUGUUUGGUCUGAAAAAAAAGUGUUUUAUUUUAUUUUAUUUUUUUUGCACUAAUUAAUCCAGACUGAUUCUGAUUCUGUGUGCCUUAAGCACAAAGUGCUAGGAUGUAGCUUGUUCACCCAUCCAAAAUGCAGGAUAAAAGGAAAACCUGUACACAAGAGAAGCAUUAUAUUGCUGCGAGAGUCCCUUAACGCAAAGAAUUUAAGAUCUCCAAAGCACUUAAGUCAGCAGAACUACAUCAUUAAACCUUACCGUCCUUGUUAAAUGCUACUGUACCGAACUUUUUACACUCCAGAACCUUCCGAAACCUUCGUCCUGAUUCUGUAGCCGUGAAGAAUACAGAAGGAUGAAUUUCUGUUAUUUCUGUUUCCUUACCUGAAAUAUUUACUUUAAUAAAUUCCUGGAAAAAAGAAAAAAGAAGAAAAAAAUAUUAAAAUAGACAAACAUAAGGAAACAAAAAAAAACUCACGUAAAACUGCUGAGCAGAGACCUAAGUGACCACUGAAGGAUCAUUUUAUGGACAUGUUUUGAUGUUUGGACACACAAACGGGAUUCCAGGUGUGUUUUUAUUUUAAUUUGUUUUAUAUUUUUUAAUUUUUUUUUUUUUUUUGAAGAUGUUUCAUAUUCUAACCACUAGGUCGCCUGAGUAAAAAAUAAUAAUAAUAAUAAUAAUAUCUGACUAAUACUUUUUAAAUCGUUUCGUUUUGAUAUUUUAUUAUUAUAUUUUCCUUUCUUUCCUUUUUUUUGUUGUUUGGGUUCACAUUUUAGUUCACUGUCGUUUUGAAGGUUUUCGGAUUUCAGACGUUUUUAUUUGAUGUGUUUUGAGAAUUUGAGAACUGUUCGUUUUAUGAAACCUGAAGUCGGAGACAAAGCCAAAAUAAUAACAGUCAAAAUAAAAUAAAAAAAUGACCCAAAACACGGGAACAGAGACGAUAGCUAGCCGCCGUGUUUAAGCACACAUACACUCCGUAACCUUAAUAUAUUAUGUUCAAACUCGGCAAUACCUCCUUAUAUACAAGUAUUUUGUCUUUUAGUCCAUGUAAAGAUCUAAAACGGCCUUUAUUUAGGACCGACUUGCUAUAUUGGAUUUGCAGGGUGGGGUUUUUUUUUUUGUAAAAUGCAUAAUUGAGACUGAAGGUGUGCUUUUUUAAAAAUAUAUAACUGUCCAGAUCAAGCAGGCCACACUUGUUAGAGCUAAAUAUGCAAGACUUCUGGUUUGAAAGAAAGAUUUAUUACUCUUUACUACAAGGCUGCUGGAGGUUAUUUUAUUAGUUUAUUUUUAAUAAGGUGUGGCUAUGAAGUAAGCUUAUUAUCUAUUUCCUGGACACUUUACUCGUGGUACAGGAGCCUGAGCAUGGUGGUGAAUAAUUAUAUUACAAUUUUUUCCUUCAAUCUGGCCUUCAAAGACAGAACUUGCGUACUUAAGUUGCCACUAAAUAUAUCGUCUCAUGGCCCUUCUUAGAGAAAAAGAAAUAAUAUUAACCACCAUGUCGUGUCAGAGGCUUUGUAGAUUUCCCCGUCCAUGUUGCCGACAUGUUCACUUGAAUCAGUGCCCAGUUUAGCUGAAUUAUUAGUGUAGGAUAUUCUUUUAAUAUUUCCUAAAAUGAACAAACACAUACAAGGGCUUUUCUUCUUUUUGUACAUUUUGUAUUACAUUUUUUUGUUUCAUAAAUAUUAUAGAACAACAUACUGUUUCAGUCAAAAUCCUCAAAAAUGGAAUAAAUGGGGCUAGAAAAAUCCUUGACACUGGAAUGAGUGGAGAUGUGGUAGCUGAGGGGUUAAGGUGUUGGACGUCUAGUCAGAAGGUUGUGAUUUUGAAACCCAUGUUCACUAAGCUGCCACGGCUAGACCCCUGAGCAAGGCCCUUAACCCUCAGUUGUGUAAAAGAUUUGAUAGGGGCAUCUGCCAAAUGCUGUAAAAUACCAUGUCUUACUCCAGAAUAGCUUUGGCAGGGUACUUCUAGCAUCACCCUGUAUUUGUAUUUGGCUCCAUCAGUCUAUCCAGUCACAAUACUACCACCACCAUGCUUCACUUGAUAGCAAGCAAAGCAUCCUUAUUUUGUCUGUAAAGAUUUGUAAAAACCCAAGCACUAGAACUCAGUUCAAGUGCUUAUACACUCCAUGAGCCAAAAGGGAAUCAAGAUUCCAGCAACCAAGCGGACAAGUCUGAAGUCCAGCAGUACCAAGUGUUGCUCAGAUCCAGCUUACGGCUAGUUCUGGAAUGAGCGUAAGAAAGUCUUAAUGAUUACAGCAGCAGUGUUUUAACAAGACAUCUCGAAAUAUUAAAAGUGUUUUUCCAGUGAAGUUCUGGUGGUUUUUGGCUCUACCCCAAGUGUAUGGGAUACACCCUAAGAUAAUGAAUGUUAAAAAUUUAUCCUCUUGUUUUAUCAGGAAAUGAAGGUACGAGUAUACGUGUGGUGGUUGUAUGUGUGGAGACAUUUUCGCUCAACAGAUUCGACCAAAAUUGAUUGGACUAUUUCGGUAGCUUUGGCAGUUAACGAUUCCCUGUUGAUGGGAAAAAUCUGCUGCGACACAGGGCCACCACCACCAUGUUUCACUGAUGCAAUACAAAAAGUACAAGUCAUCAGUUCAGAGAUCCUUGUUCUACGUCUUAGCUUAGCCUCUUCGGUGAGGUAUCAGUGCCUUAAUUAAUAAUUAGAUCAUGAAGUGUCCGCGAACAUCGAGACCUUGUCUAUUUAUAACAACCGUGUUAUAUCAUUAACACACAUAACAUCACACCUCUCUCUCUCUCUCUCUCUCUCUCUCUUUAUCAUAUUAACGGUGAAGGAUUUCCUUGUGUCUAUUAUGUUUUUUGAUGUUUGGCUGUUUUUAUUUUCCUUUUAGCUUAUUGUUGUUAUUAUUAUUAUGAUGACAGAUUGUGUUUUAUUGAGUGUAACUAAUGUGUUAAGACACAUUAGUGUUGAGUCACACUGGCGAUGCAACAAUCCCUGCACAGACACACACACACACACACAUUAACCUUAACCUCUGGACUUGAUGAAGUUCCCCUGUGUGUCUGUGUGUGUGUCUGUGUGCUUGUCUGUGUGCAUGAGUGUGUGUGUGUGUGUGUGUGUGUUGUGUGUGUAUAGAUGUAAGAUCAUGAACGCCCUUUUGUACGUUUGUGUGUUUCCCCUUUCCACAUGCGUCUUUUUGCCUUUACUAGAAUCUUUUAUUAUGACCGAAAACCAUCAGGAUAUAUUUAAUAUAUACAAUGCAUUGUUGUUUUGUGUAUGAAGUAAGAAGAAAUCCUAUAAUAUAUUUCAAGUGAAUGUUUUUCUCUUCCUUUAUAUGCGCCUUUUUAUUUUUACUUCUUCUUCCUCCUUUUUUUUCCUUUUUUUUUUUUGAAGCUGUUAAAUGUUUUGCCAAAGUGUUCUGUAGUACUAAAAAAAAAAAUAAGAAAAAAAAAAAUAUUUUUAUGUUAUUUCGUUGGGUUUUUUUUUUUUGCUAUUAUGUUAGAUACAGCUGGCCAGUUUUAACUAAACGUGGACCCGAAGGUGUCGCACGUUCAAGUUGCUUUGUAUCGCGAUCAUUUCAUUAACACUAAGUAGUUUUUUAAGAAACUUAUUUGUUGUUGUUGUUGUUGCUAAACGAAACGAACAAGACAUCAAAGGUUGAAGAGAUUGUCUUCAGAGAUCCCUUUAUGGAGCUGUUUUCUAUCACGCUAUAUUUGUAAUAGGCUUGGCAUUAUUGUAGGCUAUUUAUAGUGGUUCAUUAGUUUGAAUAAAGCAUUUUCAAAAAGA